UUGAUGCGCCAGCAUCGUGCCAUAUCAAUGGCUUAGUUUAAUCAGUGUGGGGAUUGGUGUGUGAGCGGGGGCCGCGGUUGUUGCCAUAGAUAAUUUGGAGGUUGUUAUCACCAUGGAUGCUGGUGAUGACACUGCACGGUCUAGUAGGAAGCAGAGGCUGAAAGGGAUUAAGGUCAUGUCUUUGGGCAACAAGAGAAAAAUUGGUGUUGCUGCUUUGUCUUUCAGUGACCUGAUAAACAAAGCAUGUGCAAGAUUGCAGAUAAGCCGGAAAGGCGUUUCUAUCUCGUUGCCGGACGGCACGCUGGUCGACAAGGACUAUUUCGACGUGCUAGACAACCAAACCACGGUUGUACUUCUGAAGGCUGGCGAGUCGUUGCAGCCGACUGCGAUCGUGGGUCUGGUGGAGCAGCUGCUGCGCACGUGGCGCGGCACCGAGCUGCAGGACGGCAUCCGAGCCCUGCUGCGCGACGACGGCACGCCGGCCGCGCUGCUGGCGCCGCCUGCCGGCCGGCCCUGCCGCACGGCACUCAGCCGACGGGCCGACGAUCCCGACUGGUUCCAAGGCCUGGACACGGCUGCCGCCACCAAGGAGGAGUACAUGCGGCGGCGGUGCGAGGCGCGCGUGCGCGGCUACUUCUACAAGUCGCGCGACCAGCUGCGCGCCGCGCCGGCCGCCGCGCAGCCGCUGCUGACGUCGCUGCUGUCAGACAUGCUGGACCGACUGCGCGCCGACCGCUUCCACGGGCACCGCUUCGACCGCGGCCACGCCGGUCGGCUGUGCGACGCGGCCGGCACGUUCGCCUGCCAGGGCGAGUUCGCCGCCGAGCGGUGCGGCUACGACGACCACCGGGUGAACCCCUACAGCAGCCGCGAGCAGCGCAUCGUGUUCUCCACGUGGAACCUGGACCACCGCAUCGAGAGGUCGCGGACGAUCCUGCCGACGCUGGUGGAGACCGCUCAGUCGGCCGGACCGCACCGCCGGGUCAACUCCGACUACUUCUACCGGCUGCUCUUCACCACGGAGAACCUGCGCCUGGUGCACGUUGUUUGUCACGACAAGGGCUCGCAUGACCGCUUCACAUGCGACCCCAAACUGGUGUACGUCCGCUGACGGCGCCCCGCGGGCGGCGGUCCAGGUGGAGUGUCGUCGAUGUGGCGAUGGGUGGCGGCCGUGUUUUAGGAUGUGUCCAGGGAGUUUGGUUUGAACUUUCGAUGCCAAUGCCUUUGGCUUGGUCGAUCCAGUUUUUCAAUGCUUAUAUGGGGAUCGCCACAGCGAUUUGGUGCGCCAAGAGCGAUGGCACUGCCACACCAAAUGGUGGAGUGCUAGUAUAACUCACUCGGUCUGGUGAUAACUGCAUUCGAGUUGUGAUGAUACCAGCCUUGUGAUUUCAACAGUCAUGAUCAAUCUUGCCGCGUCUAUUUGCCUCCUCUGAUGACCAUCUUGCAAGUAAUUGGACAUUUAGAACAUGAACACGAUGACGGUUAACAACUGCAAACAUGUUUUUUGUCCUAUUCGGCGAACUGACAAUCCUACUUCUCAGAUUCCGUGAUUUCGGACGACUGAUCACGACGUACGGCACUGAAAGACGGGGUGCAGUAUCAUUUGCACCCACGCAUGCGGGUGCAGGCGAUCUUGCCUGAAUGCUAGGAACAUUGAGCAACGGUUUCAUACGAUAUGGAGUGAUCGUAGGUGGACGGCAUAGACGAACGUGUGACGGCAUAGACGAACGUCGUGUGACGGCAUAUAUGAGCUUGUGACGGCAUAGACGAACAUGUGACGGUACAAACGAACUU